AUUGGGUUCCUUCGAAAGAGGCGGGGCUUGUUUCCAGGAAGUGACUACCGCAACACAGCCAAAGCGUGCCUCGUUUUCGCUCGUUUGUUAUUGAAUCGUUCAAAUUUCUACAUUGAUCCACGUUGAAUAAUAAUGGGCGACGACGAGGAGAAGUAUGACGGGAUGCUUAUGGCUAUGGCGCAGCAGCACGAAGGCGGAAUACACGAGUUAGUAAAUACAUUUUUCAGUUUCUUACGGCGAAAGACUGACUUUUACACCGGCGGUGAUGCAGGUGCCGCUGAAAAGCUUGUCAAGGAUGCUUUCGCCCACCACAGCAAGAUGGCAAAGGAGGCCCACGGGGAAAAGCAGAAGAAACAGGAGAAGGAAAAGAAGGAGAAAGCUCAACGGGCCGCCCAGCUAGCACAGGAGGAAGAGCGCAAGAAGAAGAGUCAGGAGGCGCCAAGGAUUCAGGAACUUACUGACGAGGAAGCGGAGAAACUUCAGACGGAACUCGAUGAGAAAAAGAAAGAUGAGACAAGCAAGGAAACUGAGAAGGUGGAAAAAACAGUGGACAAAGAAGAUAAAGAUAAGGGGUCAGACUCAGAGGAAGAGGACGAGAAGGACAAAGACAAACUAAAGCCGAAUGCAGGAAACGGCGCCGACCUGCCCAGCUACAAGUGGACUCAGACGCUGUCUGAAUUGGACCUGACGGUGCCAUUCGACGUGAAGUUCCGCGUCAAGGGCCGAGACGUGGUGGUGGACAUCCAGCGACGCUCCCUCAAGGUGGGCCUGAAAGGACACCCGCCCAUCGUGGUGGGUCAGCUCUUCAACGAGGUGAAGGUGGAAGAAAGCUCCUGGUUGUUGGAUGACGGCAAGGUUGUGGUGGUCCACUUGGAGAAGAUUAACAAAAUGGAGUGGUGGAGCAAGGUCGUUGACACGGAUCCGGAAAUAAACACCAAAAAGAUCUGCCCAGAGAACUCAAAGUUGUCAGACCUGGACGGCGAAACGCGCGGCAUGGUGGAAAAGAUGAUGUACGACCAGCGGCAGAAGUCAAUGGGCCUGCCCACGUCCGAAGAGCAGAAGAAGCAAGACAUCCUGAAAAAGUUCAUGGAGCAGCAUCCUGAGAUGGACUUCUCCAAAGCCAAAUUUAGCUGAGAUCUGCAGUGGGUGUCCACGUGUGUAUGUGUGUGUCCACUGUGAUGCCUGGCUG